GAAAGCAAGACCUUUCGAUGGUCGGAAGAUCAACAAGGAAGCAAACAACACUUCCAAAUUAAUAAACCCAAACCACACCAAAGAAAACUCUCUCUCUCUCUCUCUCUUUCUCUGUGUCUUCUAUGUGUUCCUUCAAAUUGAUGCAUGUGUUAAAGUUCUGAAUUUUAAACAUCUCUUCUUGACUUUUCAUGCUUCAAUGGAAACACCUGAUAGAGAUGUGAAGAUGGUUAUGGAUGAUGCUUUGAAUGGGUUCUCUCCUGUUUCCACAACCAGGAUUUACUGGAAAUCUCGAAGGAGAUCAGCUAGCGGGAGGAAUUUAGAGGUAUCAGAAGAUACUGCUAAUGAACCACCCAGCAAGCAGGAAGAUCCUCCUCCUAAUGAGGAGAUGCAGGACUUAACUGCAGUUUCUGAGCUUUCUGAGCGUCGAAAGGCCUUGUUUGAGCCAUUAGAACCUGCAAAGACUAUUAAUGGCAAACGACCUUCGGCUGAGUCUUUACUUCCUCCUCCUGAUUUUGAGUCUGCAAACUAUCCAAAGGGUUGGCUUAUUGGAAAGAAGCGAAAGCUUGUCAAUGUGGAUGUCGUUGAAAGCAUGCGAAGGAUUGCAAUCCAAGAAAUGAACCGAAAGGACAGGGAAAUAGAUGGGCUAAAUGAACAACUGGAGGAGGAUUCACGAUGUCUAGAGCACUUGCAAAUCCAGCUUGUGGAAGAAAAGAGCAAACGUGCUCGAGUGGAAAGAGAUAAUACAAUGCUUCAAGAACAAGUGAACAUGCUUAUGAACAUGUUACAAGAAACUGAGCAAAUGGGAGACGAAGGCCAAGAUGAACCUUAAAAGUAACCGUGUGUGUUAAAUUCUUUUUGUAGAUUUUGUCCAGUGUGUUUAAUGGGCUAUGCACAUAGUUUGUUUCUGCAGUUUAGACUGCAAAUAAUAUAGUAAUAUGGGAGUGAGAGUGGGAGGGGGAGGAAUCAAAAUCGCACUGAACAUAUUAUUCGUUUUAUCUCAAAAAUAAAAAUGUAAAUCUUAGUUACUGUAUUGCGAUUAAUUUAUAUGAUGUUUGAUGUUUCUC